UGUGGCCAAAAAGUCUCUCUCCGUCCGCCUGACUGUAAGGACCGCUUGGACAGCUCCAUAUCCUCAGUAGCCCUCAGAGCAAGUGAAACACUGCGGCCGCGCUUGAAGACGGAAAGGGACGUUUUUUCGCUCCACAUCGAUUCUGCUGUAGUGUUGGUCCUCCUUGUCCUGAGUCACGCUGGCGUUCCAUCAGCUACCAGACAUGGAUCGCAUGGAGCUCAAGAAGGUGAGCACAGAGGACGACGACAGCACCGACAGCCUGGACGACCGCUUCACCGAGCCCAUCGAUUCGGAGAAGGCCACCAUCAACAGUCAGUUUCUCGACGACAAUGACGGCGAGAGUCAGAAGUUUCUCGGCAACGGAAUCAUGAAGAAGAAAAAGUACGAGGAGUACCACGAGGAAUAUCAUCCAGGGCACGCAUCCUUCGGCAUGUCCGUGUUCAACCUCAGUAACGCCAUCAUGGGCAGCGGCACUGGCCUCUCCUACGCCAUGGCCAACACGGGGAUCAUGCUCUUCUCAAUCCUGCUCCUAGGUGUGGCUGCCCUCUCUUUGUACUCCGUGCACCUGCUGCUGGUCACUGCUAAGAAGGAGGUAAGCUCCUUGAUCUAUGAGAAGCUGGGUGAGCGAGCCUUUGGCCUGCCAGGGAAGUUUGCCGCCUUUGGGUCUAUAACGCUUCAGAAUAUUGGAGCCAUGUCCAGCUACCUCUUCAUUGUGAAGUACGAGCUGCCUGAGGUGAUCCGCGCGUUCAUGGGCCUGGAGCAGAUCACUGGUGAGUGGUACCUCAAUGGCAAUUACCUGGUGGUGUUUGUGUCCAUGGGUAUCAUCUUACCCCUCUCGCUGCUCAAAAACCUCGGCUAUUUGGGCUACACCAGUGGAUUCUCCCUCUCCUGCAUGGUGUUUUUCCUGGGCGUGAUGAUGUAUAAGAAGAGCCAGCUGCCGUGCCCAUUGCCCUUCAUGAUGGCGCACUCCAACGCGAGCGUGAACGGCUCCGACUUGUACGCGCUGCACAACGGCUCGGCCAUCAUGGAGUUCUCGCGCGACGUCACCAGUGCCCACGACGUGGACCCCCACCACUCGUCCGCCAGCGCCGCCACCGACGACGUCCACUACGCGCCCCACCACGACACCGACGAAGAGACCUGCAAGCCCAAGUUCUUUGUGUUCAACUCACAGACCGCGUACACGCUACCCAUCCUGGCGUUUGCAUUCGUGUGCCAUCCUGAAGUGCUGCCCAUCUACAGCGAGCUGAAAGAUCGCUCGAGGAAGAAGAUGCAGAACGUGUCCAAUCUGUCCAUACUGGCCAUGCUGGUGAUGUACAUGCUGUCGGCCCUGUUUGGGUACCUCAUCUUCUACGAUCACGUGGAGGACGAGUUGCUGCACACCUUCACAAAGGUGUACAAGUUUGACACCAUGCUGCUGCUGGUGCGUCUGGCUGUGCUGACCGCCGUCACACUCACCGUACCCAUCGUGCUCUUCCCCAUCCGUUCGUCGAUCAUCACGUUGGUGUUUAAAGACCAGGAGUUCAACUGGAUCCGCCACGUGGGCAUUGCCGCGGGCAUCUUGUUCUUGGACAACAUGCUGGUGAUCUUCGUCCCCACUAUCCGCGACAUCUUCGGCUUCAUCGGUUCCUCUGCUGCCACAAUGCUCAUCUUCAUCCUCCCCGCAAGCUUUUACCUGAAGCUGGUCAAGAGUGUACCUCUCCGCUCCCCGCAGAAGAUCUCGGCGGCCAUUUUCCUCGUGGUGGGAGUUAUUUUCAUGAUUACCAGCUUGUCCCUCAUCGUUCUGGACUGGAUCCACAACCCCCCUGGCUCGUCCGGAGAUGGUCACUAAGCAACAGACCUGAGAAACACUAUCAUCAUCAAGGGCCGGACUCCAUGGCCCUGAUUGCCCCCAAAGAACAGAGUAUUUUUUUUUCUUUUUGCAAAAUGGCUGUUUUUGUCACAUGCACCUUUUUUUCUGUAAACUACAACAAAAGUAUUACACAGGAACUCCAUUUGUGAGUA